AAUUCGGCUCCCAGAUUUAGCAAGUGGCACGCUUCCAUCUAUAAACUCAUUCAUUCCACACCCACGCAGCUCAGCUAGCUAGAGAGUGAAAGCCAGUACAGGAGAAGCAGAGCAAAUAUCUUCCCCCGGCCGGCCCUCUCUUCUCCGAUGGAUCAAGCUCUCCAUGGCGCAGCUGCCUCCCUAGACCUGUCCCUGACCCUGGCCCCCGUGACACCGCCACCACCGGCAGCACCCCCGUCCUCCUCCUUUUGGGCUGAAGGAGACGCCGCUGCCAACCACGGCGGCCAUGGCGGCCAUGACGGCGAAGCGAGAUCGAGGCGGCUGUUCUCGUGCCUCUUCUGCGACAAGAAGUUCCUCAAGUCUCAGGCGUUGGGGGGCCACCAGAAUGUGCACAAGAAGGAGCGGGCCGGCAGCUGGAACCCUCACCUCUACCUCCAACCCGACCACGGCGACUGGCCGGCCGCCGCGGCAGCAAAGGCGCCGGCGAGAUGGCCAGACGCGCGCCUUGACGACCACGGCGAGAAGCAGUUGCAGCAGCUUGAUCUCAACCUCAAGCUUUAAUUAGCUAACUCGUGCAACGAAAGGAAUCUCUUGGUGCCUGCAUGGGCCAUGCAUGCAAAGCCGUACGACGUCCAGUGGUCCAGGAGGCCAAAGAUCGAGCACUGUGGCCACAGUUGAUGCAUAAUAUUUUUCUUAGAAAGGACGAUGUAUACUAUAGACUGAGGCUUGAGCAAAGUAUGCCAGCUGAAGUGAAGUGUUUGUCUUCGCGUGCAUGCAGGGACAGGCCGAGUCAUAAUUCAGACCUUGUCAGAACGUACUAACUGACGGCGACACAUCUGAUGAGUACGUUUGUGGAGGCAUCUCCUUUUGGCCAUGUGUAGGUUUUCUUGUUAUGUGCCGACAUAUGGUACAUGCAUGUCUUGGCACCUUGGCUAGAUUGAACGG